UGGUGGCAUCACAGAGCACAGACCGGCAUAUAUGACAUACCAUAAUUCGUGGGGUUUGUGGAUGCAUGCCAGAGCGAGCUAAAAGCAGAUUCUGAGAUACCCUGGACAGUGCACAUAUAGCCCACCUCUCUCUCUCCAGGGUAGCGUGCCUCACAAUCUCAACGCUAUUUGACCUUCGCGGUACAAAUUACAGGGCUUUCUACAUCCAGCAAAAAGAGAUGCCUGCUACAUAAAAGAAACAAGAAUGAGCCAUCAAGAGGGAUAGAGAGCAGUUGCAUCGCAAGAACCAUUUAGAAAGUUUGGACGAGCGGUUAAACGCGCUUUUUUACUUCCUGUUUGAAGACAGAGACUCCAGGGUACGAGGAUGGCUCCUGAUGGACUCAUAUCUCCCCACCCUCUCCCUCACCAUCCUUUACCUCCUCACAGUAUACCUGGGAUCAAAAUACAUGAGGAACAGGCCAGCAUACUCACUCAAGGGGGUCUUACAAGUGUACAACUUCUCUGUGACCAUGCUCUCCCUGUACAUGCUGGUUGAGCUUGUCUCGGCAACCUUGUCGGCAGGCUACCGUCUGCAGUGUCAGGGACUCCACGAGGCAGGGGAGGCCGACCUCAGGGUAGCCAAGGUGCUGUGGUGGUACUACUUCUCCAAGGUGAUUGAGUUCCUGGACACCAUCUUCUUUGUGCUGCGGAAGAAGAACAGCCAGAUCACCUUCCUGCACGUUUAUCACCACGCCUCCAUGUUCAACAUCUGGUGGUGUGUUCUGAACUGGAUCCCCUGUGGACAGAGUUUCUUUGGGCCGACUCUUAACAGUUUCAUCCAUGUGUGUAUGUACUCCUACUAUGGCCUGUCCACAAUACCCUCCAUGCAGAAAUACCUCUGGUGGAAGCGUUACCUGACUCAGGCUCAGUUGAUCCAGUUUAUACUGACCAUCACACACACCCUGUCUGCAAUCGUCGUCCCUUGUGGUUUCCCCGUUGGAUGCCUGCUCUUCCAGUUCUCCUACAUGGCCACCCUCGUCAUCCUUUUUGUCAACUUCUACGUCCAGACCUACAGAAAAAGACGGCCAGAAGAAUCCAUCAAGUCCAGUCGCCCAAAUGGCCACUCUGUCUCCACCAAUGGCACCAGCUUCAAGAAGAGAAAGUAGUAUUUGGACCUGGUUGUCAAGACAACGACCUACUUCAACAACCACCAGAAUCUAUACAUGUCGUGACACUACUGCUAAAAUGCUCCAAAACAGGGAUAAGUUUCAGUAUGCAUGUUGCGUUUUUGUAUAGAAUACUUUGUACUUAAUUUUUGUAUUAAAUUCUUUAUUUGGUUUCCUUGGAGCUUGACAACGUAUGUGUAACACACUGUACGUACAGGAGUGAUGCGCUCAUUUCCUUUGCACUUUCAAUUGCUGAAAUGCAAGUGUGAAAACUCCAUCCAUUCCUGACCACGCAGUAAUCUAUGCAAUUCAUAGUUUAUAUUCUCAUAGUGUAAAAACCUGAAUACAAUCAGCAAUUUCCACAAUACUUUGACAUAAUUUACUUUGCUGUUGCUUUAUUGAAUAUAGCCCAUGUGUACAGUGUGUACAAAAAAUAUCAGUCCAGAGCAUUCACUGAAAUCAUUGUUAAACUAAAGAUGCCUUCGAAACACUGCAGAUCCUUAUACCUGAUGUAUCACAAUGUAUUUGAAUGUCUUCAUUUACGGGUACAAAAUGUGCUGGUAAACCUGACUGGGUGACUGGAUCUUUAGAAAAAGCAAUAUUGAACAGGCUUUCCUGACGACUUUGGUAGACUUUAUACAUUGAGAAAUGCAACCACUGAUCAAUAUCUUUGAAUGGCUAUCUGCAAACAGACAAAAUAA